AUGCGAAAAGCCGAAAACAUCCGAAAUGUUGAAACCUUUCGCCGACAAUCUGCAAUCCGACAGGCCAAAAUGAGCAAGGAGCUGUCGGACGAGUUCAGCAUCGCGAACAUGUGCGAGAGCUGCUCGGAACUGUUCGUCGAGGUGCUCAACUGCUGCUUCGCCUGUUUGACUUGCCAAAACGCGCGGAAGGACAGUGGCGAAGAGUCGAGGAUUCAUUUGGAAGACAAGGAGAGGAAUAUUCGACGCAUGUCUGGUUCCAACAUUCGCGACUCCAUUCCCAUUCAAGAGGAAAUCUUCAGGCGUCGGAGAAGCAGCCUUGCCCCUCUCCUUGCCACUCCCUCAAAAGAAAAAAAGCGCCCAAGUCGGAAGUCGAAAGUCAACUACGAGGACGAAAUCGAAGACCCGAAAAACAACAUGUACUCGGACGAAGAGCGAAAAGUCAUUGUUUUCCAUCCCCACUCGUUCCCAGAAGUCACGUGGGACCCAAAGAAGCAGCCAAGAAGGAGCAGUUUGGCGGUGAGCAGUGAGAGGAAGCAGACCAGACGAACGACCAUUCAUCAUCAUCGAAAUAGCGUUUUCGUCGCUCCAGUCGAGGAAGAAGACACUCCUCCUCCCGAAGUGAUGAUGAGCACUUAUGAAACGAAUUCAAAGGGCAUUCUCAAAAACAUCUCCGUCCAGCCGGAAAUCAACAAGGAGGACUCAACAGCUCAUCCAGAAGAUUCUGCUUGCGAAGGAGAAUCAUCCUCACUUCAAGAAAUAGAAGAGACUCCUGCUCUCGCUGAAUCCUGCUCGAUUGAAGAUGAAAGUUGA